GAAGGGCUCGGCUGGGACUUGUUAGCACGGGGCAGGCCGCUGAGGUGAGUGAGCCCCGGCCCCGUGCCGUCGCUUUGCCCUCCUCAUUCUCAGCUCUGUCCUGGUGGGGAGGGAGGGGACGAGCGGGGCCCUUAUAAAUAAGGGGGAGGGAAUGGCCUGAAGUUGUGUCAGGAGAUUAAGGUUGGAUUUUAGGAGAMGGUWYUUUACCCAGAGGGCGGUCGAGCAYUAGAAUAGGCUCACGCAGGAAGUGGUCAGGGCCCCAAGUCUGCCAGAGUUCACAAACCCUUUCAGCACAGKGUGGSAUUCUUGGGGCUCYCUGUGCAGGGCYAGGAGUUGGACUCGAUGAUCUGAUUCCAACUCAGAUUAUUCUGAGGUGAAGAGCGGAGCUCAGAAGAGGAGCUGGGGUGACACGUUCUCAGCAGAGCUUGCAUGAGAAAUUGCAGGAGUCUCCUGAACAUCCUCCUGCUUUUCCCGUGCUCUUCUGGUCGUUUUAUGAUCCCAGAUAAAAACCUAAGGAGCCUGCAGUGUGGUUUGAGGUGUCCUGGGGGUUGGCAGUUGGUGCAGGGGACCCUUGGAGCAGUGGCUGCAGGGACAGGUCUGAGUGGGGUCACUGGUGCUGUUUCUUCCCUCAAUACAUCAUGGGGCAUCAUCCAAGGUCAUAUUUAUGCCCGUUUUUUAGAAAGCAAGGAAAGGUCACUUGUCAAGGUCAUAUGGGAGGCUGGUGCCAAACGAGUCUCUCCAGUCCGAAUACAUUUUUAAUUYCGUCAUUCCCCGUAAAGCAAACAAGUGGAAAUUGUUUGAUAUAAGAGAUGUUGGGGUCAUGCCAGCACUAUAAUUACCCUGUGACAAGGUGUUAGGAUUAGGGAUACAGAAGGGUUCUCUGAUGGCAGAGCUGACAGCCGUGGAGCACUGGAAUGGAGCUGGGCCAGGCAGUUCAGCAGUGGAUGAGGGGAAAAGCAGCAAUGGAGAACUGUGGAAAGCAACAGGUGGAUGAAGAGUUYUGUGAAGUGCUGGGCCACUGUGCUGUGCUCACAGGAGGAGGAGAAAGAGGAGGAGAGAGGAAGUGUCAGUUCCUGCUUCGUUUCUGCAAACGCUGMCACACAGCUGAACCAGGCAGAGCAUUUCGCAGCCAUGUUAGCAUUAAUUUUGAAACAGUAAGCGACUCAGCCAGUUUAAUCCUCCCUUGUAAGGUAAUAUAUCCUCCACAUUCCAAACUCACAGAUAAAGAGAAAACCAAUAUUUGCUAUUUGUCUUUUCCAGAUUCUAAUUCAGGUUGUCUUGGGGAUACACAAUUUUGUUUCAGAUUCCGACGGUCUCCUGGAAGGAAGGUCUCAUUGUGUUGUUUUCUGGACCAGUUGGAUAGAGAUCUACCAGUUUACUUAAAGAAAGAUUCAGCAUAUUAUUAUGGCUAUGUGUAUUUCAGACAAGUUCGAGACAAAUCAUUAAARAGAGGCUAUUUCCAGAAGUCCCUGGUCCUCAUCAGCAAGCUGCCUUAUGUCCAUCUCUUUCGUACCAUGCUUAAGCAAAUAGCACCAGAAUAUUUUGAAAAAAGUGAAGCUUUCCUGGAAGCAGUUUGUAGCGAUGUUGAUCGUUGGCCACCACCCGUUCCAGGGAAAGUUCUGCAGUUGCCUAUUAUGGGGGUUAUAAUGAAGUUGCGGAUUCCAACAUAUCGYGACAAGCCUGGAACAACACCGAUAGUGCAGAAUAUGCACCAGGCAGAUGCUCAGAUCUCCAUGGCUUUACCGACUGUUCAUGAAGUAGAUCUUUUCAGGUGUUUCUGUCCGGUGUUCUUUCACAUUCAGAUGCUUUGGGAGCUAGUGCUGYUGGGAGAACCACUUGUUGUGAUGGCACCAUCACCAUCAGAGUCUUCAGAAACUGUGUUGGCCCUUGUUAGCUGUAUUUCACCACUGAAGUACUGCAGUGAUUUCAGGCCAUACUUCACCAUCCAYGACAGUGAAUUCAAAGAAUACACAACUCGCACACAGGCCCCGCCAUCUGUCAUUUUAGGAGUGACAAAUCCCUUUUUUGCUAAAACACUUCAGCACUGGCCUCACAUUAUCCGAAUUGGAGAUAUCAAACUUCCAGGUGAAGUUCCAAAGCAGGUGAAAGUGAAAAAACUGAAGAACCUAAAAACUUUGGACUCCAAACCUGGUGUUUAUACCUCUUACAAGCCAUACUUGAACAAAGAUGAAGAAAUUGUUAAACAGUUGCAAAAGGGAGUACAACAGAAACGUCCUACAGAAGCACAAAGUGUGAUACUUCGGCGAUAUUUCUUGGAAUUGACAGAAAGCUUCAUUAUUCCAUUAGAACGUUAUGUGGCAAGCCUAAUGCCUUUGCAGAAAUGCAUAUCACCCUGGAAGAGUCCACCACAGUUGAGGCAGUUUAGCCAAGAUGACUUCAUGAAGACACUGGAAAAGGCAGGACCACAGCUCACCUCAGGAUUAAAGGGAGAUUGGAUAGGACUUUAUAGGCAUUUUUUGAAAUCGCCAAACUUUGACGGUUGGUUUAGGAGCCGGCAGAAAGAAAUGACACAGAAGCUAGAGGCCCUUCAUUUAGAAGCACUCUGUAAUGAGAACUUGGUUUUCUGGAGUCAGAAGCACACUGAGGUAGAAACAGUGGAUCUUGUCUUAAAGCUAAAAAAUAAACUGUUGCAGGCUGACAGAGAACRCCUUCCUGUGAAAACUGACACACUGAAAAAGCUGCAGACACACAUCAAUGAYAUUAUACUGGCACUGCCAGAUGACUUACAGGACAUCUUGCUCAAAACUGGCACAACAUGAUUUCUACUGGGUUUUUUUUGGUGCAGAAAACCAAAAGGCAAGUAGUCUCCCAGAAGACAGUGGCUUACCAAGUUUGGAACGCAGCUCUAAACAGCACGUUAAUAACACUACRAAUGGACUGUACUAAUAGUAUAGCCCACUAUACAUUUUCACUAUUUUUUCCAUUUUAAUACCAAUGCAACUAAAGGGAUUCUUGUGUCUAAUAGUGUUUGAAAUAAGUGCUCUUAAAGAAUAAUCUGUGGACAUAUGAAGCUAUGCCACAGUAUAGGACUACAGUGCAGUGCUGGCAUUGCAGAAUGUUUUCCAAUUGGUGCUGCUAUACCCAAUCCUACUCAGGGGUAAGCAAUAUUGAUCCUGUACUGACCUGUUGAUGUAGUAUCUGUUUGUUUUUUCUUUCUUUUUUUCUUUUAGUUUUUAGCUAGUGAGAARUCCAACUGACAUAUUGGGUGACUUGGCCAGAAUACCUGGUAGUUGAGAAAUUUUASUGGUAAAUCAUGGCUUUCAAAACUAUUUCAGGAACAACUGAAAUGAUCAGAUCAGUUYCUAACUUUCUGCAUUUCUCCUUUUUACCAUCUUCCCAAAAUGACACUAAUUUAGCAUCUUUAAAGAAGAGAAGGCAGCUGACAAAAAUUUCCUGAAGGGAAGUCUCAUUCACUCAAUGUCAGUUAAUUAGGAUGCUCUUACAUGCCUUAAAUAAAAUAAUUACAUACUAAUUUGUGGUUUUAAACUGCUGACAUCCAGGAUUUCAAGUGGAUCACUAGUGUAAAUGUAAGCAUGCAGUGUUCAUCACAGGAAAUAAACACUGUGGUGUUCUMAUAGGGGUUUUAAAAUCAGUGAUUUUAGUAGGGUUGGCUGAUACACAAUCUGUUUCAAUUGGAGAUCAUACCAGUCAGCUCCUGUUAUAAUUUUCGACUUAAUUAUUUUUGGCUUACACCAGUCAGGUGUUUGAGGAGGUAAUGAGGCUGGAGGAAGAAGAUGGUGGCUUCAGCUGAAAAAAGCCUCUGGACAGAUCAGACUGGCAAAAAAGAUUGUAGCAUGAAAUUAUUCUUAAUAUGGACAUACAGCAGACAUGCAUAAAGAGCAAUUUCCUCUUGCAUAUUAAGCAACAAGAAUGGGAUGUUUUAUCUUCUUGAACAAGUUUCAGUGGUAUAUAAGAACUCAGCUGCUCCACAUGCARUGCUGUACUUUGACCAGUUUCAAGUAGAGUAAACAUAAUGCUAUAGUGUACACAUAGCAUAUACUUUUAUGUCAAGUGGAUCACAGUUAUUAAAACAAAACAUUCUGCUUUUAAGUGCUUGWAUAAAAUUUUUUAAAAUUUAUGACAUAAUCCUGCUAUAAGAAUAUGCUUUUGUAUAACARAUAUUUCAUACCAUCUUUCUAAAAAUGUCUUAUUUAGAUAUAAAGUGUCACAAUGUUAUUUUUAUGAAAAUAAUGUAUUUUAAUACUGUUAUGUUUUGUAUACAAUUACUCAUGACCAAAAGUUUAAUGUAUCUAUUAUGUUACUUAAACUAUACCACUUCAGCGUUAAUUGCUAACUUGCAAUUUUUUUUUUUGCACRCCCUGAUGAAAAGCAUUUCUAAUCCAGAAAUUAUUAAGUGGCCUAAAUUUCAUACCCUAAAUUAUCUUAAAUAUUUAACCUGGAGCACUGUAUAAUUUCUUGGAACCAUAUCAACUGGUAACAACUAUAACUAGCACAUGACUGCAAAUAAGUAUUUUUUUAAACAAAAAUAAAGAGUUU